AUGCCUGCCAUUCCCAUCUUCAAAGACACUCCGAUCAAUGCCUCCAAGGCAUCGGGGGCUACUCCGCAAACUGAGGAGCCACACUCCAGCGCCAGUUCCAAUAACGCCCCCGAGCUAUCGCACAGUCAAGUCGGCGCACCCCCACCCGCACUCGCACCAUCAUCCACCCACCAGCAGCCAUACCCGCCGGCACAGCCUGUUGCCGCCCCGUCUCUCCCUGUCCAGACAGCCUCCGCACAAGCAUAUCCUGCGCCGCGGCCAACUCCAACUCAGAAGACGAAUGAUGGCAGCCCUCCGCCGCCCCAGCCAGGCGCUGCCCCGGUGCCCGUGACAAGCUCUUCGACGCUGCCUCCGCCUCCGAAGGCGGGCGAGGCCUACCAAGCUCCAGCAUCAACGCCCGCUCCCCUUCCUUACCCUCCACAGAUGGGCAUUCCUCCCCCAACCAUUUCUCAUUCGGCGUUGCGAGGUUCUUCCACGUCUAUUGCUACCGGACCUCAGAUGACUGGACCACGACCCAUCUCGCUAGGAGGCGAUCCUGCAUGUAGCCUUGAACACCCUCCGGGUUACCAACAGGACGCCGGUGCGUCUGAGUUCAGCAGCCACCAGAGAGCUGCUCAUCAUGCUGCGGUAACAUCGUCUGCUGAGAGAGGAUUCCAAGCUCAGCCCGAAGAGGGGGUUUGGGACACGGCAAAAAAGUGGGCGCAAGCUGCCGGCGGAACUUUAGCCGCAGCUGAGCAAGAGGUAUGGAAAAGGAUCAACAAAGACUAG